AUGGAGGACAUUUUCAAAAUAAAACAAGGAGAUACGGAGCUACUUAGGGAAUUUGUUAACAGAUUCCAGCGAGAGAGGAUGAUGUUGCCACAUGUACAUGAUAACUGGGUGGUUAUGGCAUUUACUAGUAAUCUAAAUGAAAAAAGCUUAGAAGCUAUGAGGAGACUCAAGGAAAGUCGACGAGAAUUUCCAACAACAACUUGGAAUGAUGUUUAUAAUAGAUAUAGCAUGAAGCUGCGGAUAGAAGAAGAUAUCAUCCCUCAGUCUCGAAAAGAUGAAAGGGUAAGUUCAAGACGAGCUGAAACCAAAAAAAGGUCCAGUAAAAAUAGGUACGAGCCUUACAUAGGACCAGCAGGAAGGAACUCAUGCUCAAAACAAGAAAAACCAAGGUACGAUCAUAGAUCAAGAGAUAGAGAGUCAGGUUCAAGGAGUAUGGGAGACAAGGUACGGUGGCCAAAGGAAAUGAGAUCAAACCCGAACAGACGAAAUCCAGAUUUUUGGUGUGAGUUUCACAAUGAUCACGGUCACAAAAUGGUGGAUUGUAGAUUGCUACAAGGUGAAGUUGAACAUUUAUUAAAACAAGGAUAUUUAACCGAAUUGUUUAGUGAAAAGGGAAAGAAAGCAUAUAUGAAGAAUAGGCAGGAGCCGCCAAAUCCUCCUUCACCAAAAAGGACGGUUAAUGUCAUAAGUGGAGGAGAAGAGAUCAAUGGCGUAACAUAUACAACAACCAAGAAAGUGUCAAAAAUAAUAGUUACACACGGGAAGCGAAUUCGACAAGUUUUGGAAGAAGAUAGUAUUAAAUUUGAUGAUGCAGAUGCAGAUGGCGUGCUAACCCCACAUAAUACCACUCUCUUCUUUAUACUGUGA